CGAAAAAAGAAGACUUCUCUAAAGUACACGUUGGAUUGCACACAUCCAGUUGAAGAUGGCAUCAUGGAUUGCGCUAAUUUUGAAAAAUUCCUCUUGGAGAAAAUUAAAGUCAAUGGCAAAACAGGAAACCUUGGGUCGAAUGUGACGUUAGACAAACAAAAGUCAAAAGUUGUAGUAAACUCUGAAGUUCCUUUUUCUAAAAGGUAUCUGAAGUACUUGACAAAAAAGUUUUUAAAGAAGAAUAACUUGAGAGACUGGUUAAGGGUGGUUGCAAAUAGUAAGGAUUCUUAUGAACUGCGUUACUUCCAGAUAAACAAUGAGGAAGAGGAUGAAGAAGAUGAAAAAGAAUAA